GGAGCCAUCAGAAGAUAGGUACACUGGGGUUUGCCAUAAUACUCAAGUGGGCUGUGGUGUUAAAGAUCAUUUAAGGCGCUCAAAGUGUAGCACAAAAAUACCUCCACAUCAUUACACCAGCAGCAGCCUGAACUGUUGAUUCAGGAUAUCAGUCAGGCAGGAACUAGUGUUUGACCAGAGGAUCAGCCAACAUGCCAGUGGAACUGAAAGGGAACAUUGUAGUGACAGGGGCCAACAGAGGCAUUGGUUUGGAGCUGGUGAAACAGCUGGCAGAGACGACAGGAGAAGAAGCUCACAUCUAUGCCUGCUCCAGAGAGCCUGAAGGAAGCAGAACUGAGGCACUGAGACAGUUAACCACUCGACAUCCUGGAAAGAUCACUAUAAUCAAGCUAGAUGCUACAAAUGAGGAAAGUAUCUCAGCUGCUGUGCAGGCUGUGCAAGAUCAGAUCGGGGAUGGUGGGUUGAAUCUCCUUAUCAACAAUGCUGCUAUCAGGAAACCGGCCUCUUCAGGAGCAUUAUUUGCUACCAAGAAAAACGACAUGAUGGAGGUGUAUGAAACCAAUGUGGUUGGACCAUUUACCAUUGCAAAGAUGUUUCUUCCACUCCUGAAAAAAGCAGCACAGAGGGAUUCUCCUGCAAAGGGCAGUGAUAAUAAAACUGCCUGCAGCUCAGUCAUCAUCAACAUCUCCACGGCUUUCUCAUCCAUAGAGAAAUGUCCAGAGACCUUCUCAGCUGCACAGAUGUAUCCUUACAGAAUAAGCAAGGCAGCACUGAACAUGCUGACUCGCUGUCAAGCCGAGGACUUCAAGACUCACAAUAUAGUGGUGACAGCCAUACACCCAGGCUGGGUCCAAACUGAGAUGGGAGGAGAAAAGGCUCCUUUGACCACCGUGGACAGCGUACUUGGCAUGCUUAGUGUGAUAUCGUCACUUAGCAACAAAGACAGUGGGAUGCUUCUGGACUGGCAGGGCAACACCAUCCCCUGGUAGCCGUCAUGUCAAAACCAGGCUAAUAGACAAUGUUUUCAGGUUAAAAUUCAAAUGAGAAAAAACAUAUACGGAUAUAAACAUAAUAAAACAUUGAGGAGGAGAUUUUUUAAUUAAUUUUAUUCUUUUUUUUUUUUUUUUAACAUGUACUAGAAGCUUUCUGCAAACUGAACUGCAGGCCACGGUUCACCAGAGAGGAAAUGAAAUGACUUCACAAUCUAGAAUCUGGGCAUACUUAGAAAUUUGUCAGUUUUCAUUGCGGGGAGACAAUAAUUUCCUACAGUGGAGUAAAAUUUAAUCUGAAAUUUCAGACAGUAUUAUAUGUAAAGAUUCAUUAAUCAUAUUAACAUCCCUUCUAUAAGCAUUUCAGCCAGUAAGCUGAGCUUAUAGUUUGGAGGUGGCAUAGAAAUGAUGUAUACAGAGAAAAUUAGCACUGGAAUGAACAUAUUUGAACCUCAGACGGUUGUUAAGGCUUCUGUGUUGUCUUUCACAAAGGCUGUGGCUUCCAAAUGCUCUGUAGUUACAGAUAUACUUAAAAACAUGAGUGCUAACAGCUGGGGAAAUAAUUUUACUCUACGUUUGCUUCUGUAAUAAAGUGAUGAACCUACUGGUUUUGUUCCCAACCUGUCACAUUCCCAUUAGUCUUUCUUGAAUGUCAUAAAAAUAUAAUGAGACAGUUUUCCUUUAACCUUAAAAAAAAAAAAAAUUCUACUAAUUUUCUCGUGCUGAGAGAGAAAUCUGAUAGCUGACCACGUGUAGCAGACUGAGACCUUUGACGUU